AUGCUGCACCUGUGGCUUGUGUCAAGCCCAUAUCUGUGCACGGAUACAUGGGUGAGUGCCUUUCCACGCCACUCCAGUGGUAGACCCUGUUCUCACUGCGAGCCACCCUCUGCCCUUGCUUGCCCGUGCAUGCGCACAUGUGCCCUGCAGUGGACGUCCAAGGCGGCGGAGGCGGAGGCAGAGGCGCACGGGCAGCACCUGAUCCCGCCGCUGUUUGCACACGGCAGCUCCGUGGGGCUGUAUGAGACGCUGAGGGGGUGCGCGCACCAGUACUCGGUGACGGCUGACAGCGUGCUGCACUGCUUUUUCAUUGAUAGACAGCGCAUCAUGGCCGCCAAGAGCAGCAGCGACGCCAUUGAAGACUUUCUGUGGAAGGAGAGUUGUUUGGAGGUGGCGCGGGUGGUGCGCCCCAUGGAGUUCGGGCUGCUAUCCAUGCACGACCUGCGCGUGCUCUUCUCCCAGUCCGCGCGCCUCCUCACCCUCGCCCCGCACUCCCCCGUGCACCUCGCGCCCUCUGAGGUCGCGCUGCUGCUGCUGGGCGCCGUGCGCCUGCCGGGGGAUGGCAGCAAGGGGCACGAGGGCGAUGAGGGCAACGAGGGGGAGGAGGGCGAGGAGCAGGGCGAGGAGGAGGAGGGGGGUGGCGGGGCCGGCAGCCCUCAAGGUGCAGCUGUAGCCGCAGGCAGCCCGCAAAUUGCUCCGUCCUCUUCUCCGCAACUUGGCGCGUCACUUUCUCCGCCAGCAGCCACGGCAGCGGGCGGGGUGGCAGCGGAGAGUGUAGCCCCACCCAGCAGCGGCGAGGAGGGCAGCAUGAACGGCAGCACGAGCGCCAGCAGCUUUGACGACCGCACGUCCGCGUCCAUGGCCCUCUCUGCCACCGCCUCUGAUGGGGCAGAUGGCAGGGGCGACACAGCGUGGGGGGGUAAGGACGCGGAGGGGCAGGCGGUGCGCAAGGUGCGGAGCGAGGGCGUGGAGCAGGGCGGGGAAGGGGGGAGCAGCAGCAGGGGCAGCAGCGGGGGGUUCCUGCGCGCGCGCAGUGAGGCGCUGCGCAGCGGGCUGCGCAGCCUGUCCAAGGGCCGGCAGCGGCUGGUGCGCGCCAUUAGCUCCAAGGACAGAGAUGGGGACAAGGCGGGCACGUGGCAGAGCGGCAGAGAGGGCACGGGCAGCCUUGAGGAGAUGGAGCUGGGGGUGAUCGUGGAGGACGGGCGCAUCGUGAGCAUCCAUGCCCCCGCUUACCUCACUCCCCAGCCAAGCCCAGGGGGGUUGGGCGAGGCGUCGUAUGUGACGGUGACGACGUGCAAGCUGAUGGUGGUUGACAUGCCUCACACACAGCACUCCCUGCAAGGCACCCCCACACGCGCCUUCCAUGGGCACCGCAGUGCACCUGCGCACGACGCGGCGACGCUGCUGCGGUGGCAGCUGGAGGGGGGCGCGGAAGGCGACGACGAUGAUGACGGGUUCAUUACUGCUCGGCUCAGGGGGCGGGCGGGCGCUGAUGCGCGUGCUCAUGGCGCUGGGGGAGCUGCAGGGGGGCACCCGGGGAGCAGGCUGGGCGGGGUGCUGGGCAGCAUGAUGGGGGGCGGAGGGGCUGUGGCGGCUGGCGAGGUUGGUGACGUGGAGGACAGUGAGAUGACGAUGCCACGUGGCAGUGAGCUGGCUGCCAUGCUGGCGGACCGUGUGGCGGUGGAUCGGCAGCUGAUGGAGCGAGCCAUGCAGCUCAGUGUGUUCGGCAACAAGGUCAGUCACCUCCUUUCCAUCCUUCCUUCCAAGCCGACAUUCUUUAAGCUUUCUCUCAACUGCUACUUUCCCUCCCUCUACCAGGCAUAUCUAUGGAUGAGCAACCUAUUUCCUCCCUUCCUCAUUGUCGCUCGCUUGAAUGACCAUCGAUCCUCUCCAUUGCUCAUCACCGCUCUCCCCAUUCCCCACUACCCGUCCUGCCAUCGCCCACCUGCCCCACUGCAGAUGCAGACGAGGCCGAGGCGGCCGUCAGAGGCCCAUGCAGGACACCCUGCAGGCACCGCUGCUGCUGCCACUGCCUGGCAAGCAGAGGAGGCGCACCCACUUGUGGAGCCGGGGAGUGGGGUGGACGGGGGGAGAAGCGAGUGA